CAAUGGCAUUUCAUCGUGAUGUGGCAAUAUGAGUAGUGGGGGAGGUGCAAUGGAAGGAGGCAAAGAUUCGUCUAGCACCACACUGGACUCUAAACUCGAAUCGCUUCCAAAAGAGGAGCUCAUUAGAUAUGUGAAAAAGCAGGCUCAACAGAUAUCCAAACUCAAACAUCAAAAGCAAUCGAAUCCGAAUGCGCAAUCGGAAUCAAAUAAUCAAGAUUCAAAGGAGGGAGAUGUGGCGACAGUGUUGUCUUCGGAUGGGCACGCGGGGGUGCAAAUCACUGGCAAUGUGCAGCUACUCGCUCAGAUUGAGCAAGUUGCUUCGGAGAAGGACAAGCUGGAGACUGAGCUUACCAACCUGCAAUCCGAAAUGGUGCAAUUGAAACGCGAAAAUGACAGUUUGAAACAGGAGUCUGAGUGUAUGGCUAUGCAGAAAAGCACUUUUAUGGAAAGUAUGCAACUCCUGGAGACAGACAAACAGAAUCUGUCCAAAGAGUUGCAGCUGAUGACAGCUGCCAGGGACGAUGCUUUGAAGCAGUUGCAAGGCAAUGGCAAAAAGAACAAGAGGAAAGAAAACUCACAGGCCAAAAUCGAAGAAUGGGUAACUGAAAAGGACGGACUCAUGCUAGAAAUGAAGAAACUGAGCAAAGAUCUCGAGUACGAAAAGUGUAUCAUGUUGGACGAAAAAGAAAUGUGGGCUCAGCAGAAACUCCAGUACGAGUCGGAACUUAGGACACUUAAGGAGCAAUUGUCCUCUCUUGAACAGGAAAAACAGGAACUGAACAGCAUUGUGGAGACUAAUCAAAGUACUAUUGAAUCGCUUGAGCUAAAGGUUUUGACGGCUAAUGAAAUAUUGGAUAAGCAAAAAGUUGAACUUGAGGAACUAAAAAAUAGAAGUGAAAAUGAUAUCAAAAACAAGAAGAGUAUCGCUGCAGAAAAUACAGAUCAAUUUUCUGAAUCCGAUGAAAAACAGUUUGACGUUUGCAGAGAUGAAGACGAAAAUUUGAAGCUUCAAAUUAUUGACCUCAAGCAACAGUUGACAACUUGUAACAGCGAAAGAGCCAAACUAAGCGAGGCUUUGAAGCUCACAAAGCAAGCAAAAGAAGAAACAAAGGCGAUGUUAGAAAACGAGAAACAACUUUUGUCCGAGAGGAACUUCAACUUACAGGCUACCAAUACGUACUUGACCUCUAAAGUGAUGUCUAUGAGUCGACAGCUGGAAAGUAUUCCUGAGGAACAAAGGUCGACACCUGAAGAGGAAAUCUCAAUCGAUUCCAUACCCAGUGAAGACAGUCCAGUUCCUGCUACUUCUAGCUCUAACUGCACCACACCUGUAAAGACAGAAUCCCCUGCAGCGAUGUCAUCGUUAUCUGCGACUCCGAACAACGAAAGCGUGGAAAGUAAAUUAAUAUCAAUCAAUAUUGUUCUAAGUCAGCUGGAAAAGGAAAAAGAGGGAUUACUAAAUGCAUUGGAAACAGAAAAACUGCCUAGUUCGCCCAUUGCCAAUUCGGAAAACAACGCCGGAAUCGAACCUGAUUUGGUUGCGAGUUGUGACGUGGUAAGUUCGCCAAUUCAACAAAACCAACAAGAAAACCAGCAACUAUCGUCUCGAAGGGAAGAAGCGAGAUCGUGUGAAAAAUGUGAUGAUUAUUUGAGCAUGGUGUCUGAAUUACGCAAUGAGAAGGAAUGUCUGUCAUCGGAAGUUGAGGAAUUACGUAACCACGAGUCUGACUUGAUCCAAUCUCAGAGUUCCUUAGAGCAGCGGCUUGAGGCAUUGACAACUGAGAAAGAAAACAUUUAUAGUGAUGUUAAAGGACUGAUCAAGGAUGUUGAUAAAUACGUGAAACAGAAUGCUAAAUUACAAGAGGAAAAAGACCAUCUUUCAAAAUCAGUCGAAGAUUUGACGUCUAGCGCUGAGCUUGUGUCUGUUUUACAAGAAAUUCUUAAAGCCGAUAAGGUUCUGAUAGCUGAAAAAGAAGAGCAAAUAUCGAUAUUAGAAGAUCAAGUUUCGGUCUUACAAGACACUUGCAGCCAGUACAAAUCUAAGCAUACUGAAAUGGAAGAAACUUUAACAGAUUUUGAUGAAAAGUUUUCAGCCAUGGAAAAGAGCAGUUCUGAAUUCCAUGAAAAAUCGCAAGAAGAUAAAAAUGAAACAGUAACUUUAAAUGAGCAAUUAGAAUUAUGUAGAGAAGGUUUAUUUAAAAUUCAAGACGAGCUCGACUAUGAAAAGGAGCUAAGUAGUGUACUCCGGGAUAAACUUUCCUUCCAGAGCGAACAGCUUGAAUCGAUCAAAGUUGAAAACGAAUCAUUGUUUAAAGAGUUACAAGAAAGUAAAUUGCAGAAUAGUUCGCGUGCAGAAAAUCAAAAUCAGGGUGAAGAAGUUGAACCUAUGGUUGUUCAAGAUAGUGAACAAACUGUUACUUCCUCAGCGGAACCCGAGUCUCAGGAACAAAGAGACUCUUUUUCAGAACAGAUUUCGCAAUUGAGAGAACAAAUCGGGGCGCUUGAAAAUGAACUAACUGGUAAGAAUUCUGAGUGCAAUGAUCAGAGAACUGAGUUGGAACAUUUAUCCCAGAGAUUCAAUUUCCAAGUCACGCAAAACUCAGAAUUGCAAUCGCAGAUUGAAGCGUUGAGUUCAGAAAUUCACCAAAUGAAAGACAAUUUAGCAAGCACGGAGAAGUCUGAAAAAAGCGCUAAUGAAAUUGAAACAUUGAAGAAUUCUCUUUGUAAAAAAGAAGAAACAGUCCGUGAGCUUAUUCAGACAAAAGAUAAACUGAAAGAAGAUAUUUCCGCACUAAGAAGUGAUCUUGAAAAGGUGUCGACUGAAAAUGAAUCGAACAUUUCGAGUUUGGUGCAUUGUAAGGAGCAAAUUGAAGAUUAUGAAAUAACCUGUCAAGAACUGAAUGACCAAAAUGCUGCGUUACAAGACGAAUUGGCAAACAAAGUUCACCAGAGUUCAUCACUAAUGGAAACUAUUGUGAACUUGGAAUCGAGUCUUGCUGAGUUGGAAUUGCAAUAUGAAAGGGUGCGUGAUCAAAAUACACAACUGGAGGAAAAAAUGACGGAAGUUUUGGAUCAGACGGCGUCUGAAAAAUCGAAAAUAUCAGAAGAGAUAGACAGUUUGAGAGAAAGCUCGUACAGCCGGGAAAACAGUUUCUCCGAACUGAAAACCGAGUAUAAAGACUGCUCUGAAAAAAUUGAACAACUUACAGCUCAAGUUGAUGCAUUGCAAAACGAAAAGAAUAAAUUAUUGGACAAAUUGGCAAGUAGCGGAUCUGAAAGCUCACAAGAACUAGCGAAGAGCGAAAGCGAAAUAGCAAAUCUGCAAACGAGUGUCUCCGAACUUAAGGAGCAGAAAAGCAAAGUUUACGAAAUGUACAAAGUGCUUGAAGUUCAAACCAGUGAAAAAGAUCGCACUAUUGAGGAGCUUCAGAACAAAUCCAUGGCAUUGGAAAACAGUCUUCAGGAACUGACUUGUCGAAAUGAGACACUGCAGAAAUCUGUCACGUGGUUUUCAGAAAAUAUCGAAGAUUUUAAAUCACAGCUUCAAGAAGUUCGAUUGGAGAAUUCUGACUUGAAGGAGAGUUUGAGUGAAUCUGAAUCGGAACGAAACGAGAUAUGCAAAGAGGUUGACAAUAUGAAGUUUCAGUUUGAAGCGUGUAAAGAUGCUGAUGGUCGGUUGAGAAGCGAGCUCACAGAGUUAGAAACAAAAAAAGUCGAAAUGACACAUAAAUAUAAUCUUUUGUCACAAGAAGUGGACCGAUUUUUGUCCUCAUUUAUUGACGAAAUCUCUGCACUUGUAAAUAUGGAAGAACCUGAAAACUUGACAGAAGUUCACGAUAAAAUUGUCUUUGUUGAUUCUGAAAUCAAAAAGGCGCUGUUUGAGUUUGCAGCGCAGUCUAAAGACACUCAUCAGAAAUUAUCGCAUGCCAAUAAAAAAUUAACUUCAUUUGAGAAUAGUUUGGAAUCUCUUUUCGCUGAAAUUGUUCGCAACGGAGAGCUAAAAGCGCAGUCAGAUAAGGCAGAAGAAAAGGUCAAAGGUCAGAUUGAAGGUAUUUUGUGUGCUUGGAAAAGUGAAUCAGAGGAAAAGGGGAAAAUUUCGAACGAGAGAAAAGAGAUGGAGGCUUCUUUGAAGAGGCUGGAGGAACAGUGCAUGAGUGAGGGGUCCGAGAAAGAAAACAAAUGGCUGCAACAGAAAAAGGAACUUGAAGACAAGUUGUCUGAGUCGGAAAACAAAAACCAGAAGUUGAAGCAAUUGGCGCUGAAGAGCAAAAAAGAAAUACAGUCGCUUAAACUCAAGGCUGAUCAAGUGAACGAAAAGUGUUCCAGCUUGGAAACGGAGGUGAAUUCGAAAGGAGAGCAGAGCCAGUCAUUGCAAGCGGAACUAGAUGCACUCAAAGAAGACCAUAAGGAAAUGUUGGAAAAGCUCAAGCAAUCUAGAGUUGAAAAAGGCACUUUGGAGGAAACAGUUCAAAGCCUAGCCAAACGAAUGGAAGAGUCCAAAAUGGAACAUGACUCACAGUAUUUAAAGCUCAAUGCUAAGAUUGAAGAGCUGGAGAUGGUGAAAGUGAACUUGGAAAGUCAAUUAAGUGCAAUCAAAACAGAAUGCGAGGAGCUGAAUGCGGAAAAAGACAAACAGAGCAAGGCUGAUCAGAGUGCUAUGUUGGACCUGGAGAUGGCGGACAUGCGGAGGAGUUUGCAGAUGAUUCAGGAGAGGCUCACAUCUUCAGAGGCUGAGAGGGAGGCUAUGAGUAAACAGCUCACAACUGCAGUAUCGGAAAAAGAGACAGUGGCGAAAGAGAAAAAAGAAGUGGAGGACAAGAGUGGUAAGAUGAAACAACUUCUGCUCAAACAGAAGAAGGAACUGGAAGAGCUGCGAAAACACGAAAGUGAACUGAAAUCAAAUCUGGCUGAUUUGGAAACAAAACUUGCCGAAGCUGAUGCAGAAACUGACAAGCUUAAGAUUCAAUUAGCGGAGGAAGCUCAAAGCUCUGUCAGCCAAAGCGCACAGAUAUCAAAUCUAGAAAAGAGGAACUCGACCCUGAAUGACCUGCUGGAGUCUAUGCGCAAUGAAGUGGAAACUCUGGAAUCGAAACUGGCGGGAUCGGAGAUGGAGUUCGAACAGUACAAGGCACGGGUGCACACAGUGUUGAAGCAGCAGAAGGAGAAGACGCACAAUGUUGAGUCAGUGAAGUCCCUCACCGCCGAAAGGGAUGCGUUGAAGUCUCAGCUGGAGAGUGUGCGGAUGAGAGUGGAGGACAUGAGCAGGGAGGUGGACAUGGGACAGCUGGAGAGGGAGAGACUACAGAAGGAUACACACUCUCUGUCCCUGUUGAACACACAGCUCAAUCAACAGAUGCAACACAGGGACACACUCCACAAACAAAAAGUAGAAGAGUUGCGUGUGGAGUGGGAGAAGAGCAAGAGUGGGCUGGAAGUGGUUGAAAGUGGGCUGAAGAGCCAGAUCGACAGUCUCACACACUACUACAAGGACAAACUGGCCAGUGAAGCAAAGGAGUACAGUGAAAAGAUUGAAGAACUGAAGUUGAGGUUGAAGAAGUACGAGGAGUCCAAUUCGAGUGACCACUCGGGAUCCGGAAGUGCUCUGCGCGCUAUGGUCUCAGAAGAGCAACUGAGUGUAGUCACGUCAGGUGCAUCACUCACCGCUGUUAAUCCAAAUGGUUCCAAUCUGCUGAUGCGACCGUCGGCCAAACGUGCUCCUCCCAUUGGCAUGGAGAGAUCAGAAGGAGAUGGCAUAGAGUCAGACUCAAACAGUGACCUCAUCCUCCAUUACGGCGGUGGAACAAGACUCAACAGCAGAGGAGGAAACUCAACGCCUACCCCAAAUAAGGAAACGAAUUACGUGCCUUUUGACCAACUGCUAUCGUCGCCCCCAAUCAGUGCUAGUCACCAAUCUACAGUGCCCAAUAUGUUCUCUGUUUUCCAAAAUCAAGACUCGCCCAGGUCGCCUUCAGAAUCAUCUUCAGUUUCGAGAAGCAGAAAAGUGUCGAUGAACGAAAGCUUUGUUAUUCCCUCACCUGCCGCAUCCGCCGCGGAAGUGCGCAAACAGCAGAAGAAAAUAGCACACUUGACAGAACUGCUUGGCGAGAGUGAGUUGAAUAUCCAGCGUCUCACAGACCAGAGUCAAGUGCUGAAAGAUGAGAUCAGAAGACUGGAGGGAAACUGGACUGAUACUUCGAAGAAUAUGGAAUACCUGAAAAAUGUACUCAUUAAGUUCUGGAAGCUACCAGGAUGCACAGAGAAAGAACAGCUGGUCCCUGUGCUGACGAUGUUGCUGAAGCUGAACUCUGAGGAAAAGUCGCUGGUGCAAGAGCUAUCCUUAGGUGAAGGGGGUGCUAGUAACAUGCCUGGAAAUAUUCCCGCGGCUUCAACCUGGUCCAGCUAUAUGCCAAGGUGGUCUGGUCUGAUGUGAAGAAAUAAAACGAAAAGUCAGAAAGUUAUACCGAAAAAGAAAAACUACUUAGGUAUUUAGCUUUGUGCGAAGGACUCAUUUAUCCAUUUCUUUAAUUGUGACUCGGGAAUUUUGAUUAUCCUUGUACUGUGUUUCAAUUAUUAGUAGCCAUUUUAACAUAUCUCACCAAUAUGGUAAUAAAAUUG